AUGGACCUCAACAGGGCAACUGUGGUGUCUAUUCCGCAAGGGAAGCCCACUGCUGUUGGCAGGCACAACAAUAAAGAGAAUAUUCCUCGAGGCCGCUUCCCUCCUCCUAAGGCUUUCGAUACACUCAGCAAGCCCUUCCGUUGCCCAGGAGCUUCUGUCGCAAGCCCGGCUACCGACCGACCUGCGAGAAAGCGUAAGCGGGUUGAUUACAAGGGUGCGGACGGCGGCGACGAUGGUGACAAACCCUAUACAAAUGCGGACCGGCUUGCUCUGGCGACAAGAGAGGCCAACAAGUUCCCCGUUUUUCGAGUGUUGGACAAAGAGCAGGCAUUUAGAAAGGUCUUUGUUGUUCCUCUAAUCGACAAGUCCACCGCGGCGUACAACCCUAGCCGUCCGGCCCCUGCCUUGGGCAUGCGCCAAGGCCGUGCCUUUGUGGCUAAACCGCUCCAUGAUCCUGCCGGCGAGUUUGCCAUUGUUCUCUACGACCCCACCAUCGACGACAAACCAAAGGAAAAGACACCCGAAGAGAUUGAGGCCGAGAAGGCAAAGGCGGAGGCCCCAAAGGUUGAGGUUCCUCUUGUACACAAGAGCCUGGCUGAAAUCCUGGGCAUCAAGAAACAGGUGCAGGAGGAGAACCCCCGUGUUCCAGUUGUGAUUGACCCCAAGCUGGCCAAAAUUUUGCGCCCUCACCAGAUCGAGGGCGUCAAGUUCAUGUAUAAGUGUGUCACUGGCAUGAUAGACGAAAAGGCCAACGGCUGCAUCAUGGCCGACGAAAUGGGCCUGGGAAAGACGCUGCAGUGCAUCACGCUUCUCUGGACACUGUUAAAGCAAUCUCCUCAGGCCGGCAAGGCGACGAUCCAAAAGGCAAUUGUCGCGUGCCCGUCCAGCAUGGUCCGCAGCUGGGCUGACGAACUCGACAAAUGGCUUGGUAAAGGCACCGUUAACCCCUUCACAAUCGACGGCAAGGCUUCGAAGGAAGAGCUCACACGCCAGCUUCGCCAAUGGGCUAUUGCCAGUGGACGUGCGGUCACGCGACCAGUCAUCAUUGUCUCGUACGAGACGCUGAGACUGUACGCGGACGAGCUCAAGAAUACGAAGAUCGGACUCAUGCUAUGCGACGAGGGCCAUCGCCUCAAAAACGGCGACAGCCGGACAUUCAACGCCCUCGAUAGUCUACAGGUGUCUCGGCGCAUUAUUCUCUCCGGCACACCUAUUCAGAAUGAUCUGUCUGAGUACUUCUCGCUGGUCAGUUUUGCCAACCCUAACUUGCUGGGCAACCGACUGGAAUUCCGCAAGAGAUACGAGAUCCCGAUUCUACGGGGCCGUGACGCAGAUGCCGAUGAGGAGGACCGCAAGAAGGGUGACGAAUGCUUAGCUGAGCUUCUCACCAUUGUCAACCGCUUUAUCAUCCGGCGCACCAACGAUAUUUUGUCCAAAUACCUACCAGUCAAGUACGAGCAUGUUGUGUUCUGCAAUGCUGCUCCCUUCCAGCUCGACUUGUACAACUAUUUCAUCACGACGCCACACAUCCAGGCUCUCUUGCGCGGUAAAGGCAGUCAGCCACUAAAGGCCAUCAAUAUCCUCAAGAAGCUUUGCAACCACCCGGAUCUUCUCGACCUUUCUACCGACCUGCCCGGGUCGGAGCGCUGCUUCCCCGAAGAUUACGUACCCAAAGAAGCCCGUGGUCGGGACCGCGAGAUCCGGUCCUGGUACAGUGGCAAAAUGCAGGUGCUCGAUCGAAUGCUUGCACGGAUCCGGGCCGAUACCAACGACAAGAUUGUGCUCAUCUCCAACUACACAUCGACCCUCGACAUUUUUGAGAAGCUGUGCCGUCAUCGCGGCUACGGAAACCUGCGACUUGACGGCACCAUGAACGUCAACAAGCGGAAGAAGCUGGUGGACAAGUUCAACGAUCCCAACAGCGACGAGUUUGUCUUUCUGUUGUCGUCCAAGGCUGGUGGUUGUGGUAUCAAUCUCAUUGGUGCCAACCGUCUGGUUCUGUUCGACCCGGAUUGGAACCCCGCGGCCGACCAACAGGCGCUGGCACGCGUGUGGCGUGAUGGCCAGAAAAAGGACUGCUUUGUGUACCGCUUCAUCACGACCGGCUCAAUCGAAGAGAAGAUUUUCCAGCGCCAGAGUCACAAACAGUCUCUGUCGACCUGUGUUGUCGACUCGGCGGAAGAUGUAGAGCGUCAUUUCAGUUUGGACGGCCUCAAAGAACUCUUCCAGUUCCGUGGUGGCGGUGUGACGACAAGCGAUACCCACGACACACUGAAGUGUAAGCGGUGCCGACCAGACGGCAAACAAUUCAUCAAAGCACCAGCCAUGCUGUACGGUGAUACGAGCACGUGGAACCACUUUGUGAAUGAGGGUCUCAGCCAGAUUCAAGACCUUCUUCUUCGGCAAGAGUGCGGUGACGAAGUUGUUUCUGCCGUUUUCCAAUAUAUUUCGCAUUAG